AUGUCAAUGUCCCAAUUUGCAAAUUUUCAAUUUUCUCAACUCUCAGAGAACAUGUCAGUUGACAGAGUCAGGCAGGAGGCCCAAAACAUCUCCAACAAAUUUGCCAACAUGAAACCGCCACAAGAGUUUUUCGACUUUAGAAGGGUCUCCAAGCCAGCAAACUUUGGAGAGGUCCAGCAACGAGUUGCAUAUAAUCUGGGAUAUUUUCAAGCUAAUUACAUCGCUAUAGUGGCCCUCUUGAGCACAUACUCUCUGCUGACAAACCUGCUUCUCCUAUUUGUUAUUGUGUUUACCAUCGCUGGUGUCUACGGUAUUGCUGCUUUACAAGGUCAAGAAUUGGAGCUAGGAUUCACAAGACUGAACACAUCUCAGUUGUACACCGGACUGUUCAUUGUUGCUGUGCCUCUAGGAUUUCUAGCCAGUCCUAUCUCUACAUUGCUAUGGUUGAUCGGAGCCUCUUCGGUAACCGUUCUCUCACACGCUUCUCUCAUGGAAAAGCCUAUCGAAACCGUGUUUGAAGAAGCAGUCUAG